AUGGUAAGUAAAAAAGUGCAAUCUAAAUCUAUUUGUAUUGAUGUCGCUAUUAACCAAUUACAAAAUGUAAUCACAUUUUUUAAGAAAUUUAGAAAUGAAGGGUUUGUUUCAAGCAUAAAUAUUGCUAAAACAAUUGCUUUAGAAAUGGGUGUUGAACCUACAUUUCCAUAUAGGCGUAAUGUCACUAGAAAGAAAUUUUUUGAUGAAAGUGAUAUUGAAGAAGAAGAAAUACAAUCACUAGAAGAGUAUUUUAAGAUUAAUUACUUUUAUGUUGUUGUGGAUGUUGCAAUUGUUUCACUAAAUACUAGAUUUGAACAAUUAAAACAUUUUGAAAGUAUAUUUGGAUUUUUAUCUGAUUCAAAGAUUUUAAAGUCAUUAGAUGAAAAUAAGCUUAGAGAGUGUUGUAUAAAGCUCGCAAAUACUUUUUCUAAUGACAUUUUUUCUGAUGUGGAUUCAAAUGAUCUUUUUACAGAAUUAAAAUUUUUGCAAAAGACUCUUCCUAAUGAUAUUAAAUCUGCAGUUGAAAUUUUAGAAUUUGUUAAAGUCGAGGAUUGUUACCCAAAUGUUUUUAUUGCAUAUAGAAUCUUAUUAACUAUUCCUGUAACUGUUGCAUCUGCAGAGAGGAAUUUUUCAAAGUUGAAGUUAUUGAAGAAUUACUUAAGGUCAUCGAUGUCACAAGAAAGGUUGAACGACUUGGCAAUUCUAUGUAUAGAGAAGGACAUGCUAGACAAGAUUGAUCUUGAAGAUAUUAUUAAUGAUUUUGCAUCUCAAAAAGCUAGAAGAAGUAUUUUUCUUUAA